GGGGAGGGGAGGGAGCGCUCCUUUCAGCGCAGGAUUGGCGCCCGCCAGCGGGGACGGGUCGCGCAGGCGCAGUUCCAGCACCCGCGCGCUCUGAAUCGCGGGAGAGGGGGCCAGACCCAGGAAGAUGCCGGCGCAUUGGUCGGCCCGCGCCCUUCGCCUGUGCCCACGUCCUGAGAAACCGGCUACUCAGGCUUUCCCUGGAUGGGGGCGGGGACGGCUCCCCACCCGACGACUCUGUGUCUAGGUCUCUCAAGAUGGUGGUGGCGAAGUCGGAGGCCGGCAAGGCUGGCACCGCCUACUUCCGUACAGCCAGACCCUUGCCCUCGCUUGUCACGGUGCUGGGACUGGGGUAUUUGACGUGGGUUGUCUUCUGGCCUCAGAGUAUUCCUUAUCAGAGCCUAGGGCCCCUGGGCCCCUUCACGCAGUACUUGGUGGACCAUCAUCAUGCCCUCCUACACAAUGGGUAUUGGAUUGCUUGGCUGAUUCACAUUGGAGAGUCAUUGUAUGCCAUGGCAUUGUGCAAGUCUAAAGGCAUCACGGAUGGUCGGGCUCAAUUCCUCUGGUUCCUGCAGACUUUCCUCUUUGGGAUAGCCUCCCUCUCCAUCUUGAUUGCUUAUCGACCAAAACGCCAAAAACGAACUUAAAGAAGAUACACAAAAGCUUUCUCUACUCUUUGAUAUCCAAUCUCACCUUUUUUUUUGCGGGGGGUGGGGGGGUGCUGUAUUUAUUCCAUCUUUCUAUUUUCUAGAAAGUUAAGAUCCUCUAGUUAUUCAUUAUAUCAUAUGCUCUGGUUGAACUUUAGUAGAUAACAGGAAAAGAUUUUAGCUUUUCAAAUCUGCCCACUAACCUAUUUGGCAGAGGGCUUCCAGCUACCUUCCUGGGCUGUGUUGGUGCUCUCUCCCUAUCAUCUGUUUUAAGCCGUCUACUAAAUUUGCUUGUUAGUAGACCUCUGCUCCCACCUUCUGACUAGAACAUGGUACCCUUCCCGCCACCAUCUUAGCUCUCCUUUCCCAAAAUGUUUUCUACCUUUUUGGACCCAGGUGGAGUGA